AUGGAGAAGAAACAGGACAAUGGAAGCCCUCGCUGGCAGGGACAACAGAAGGGAGAAAAGCGUGUGACUCGAAAGAACAGUAAUGUUCUAGACGCCCCCGAGACAGUGGCGAAACCCGGCGACGACGGGGGAAUUGUUGAGUGGCCCAGAGUUGUAGAGGGCCAUCUGUUGUAUCAAGGAAAAGUGAAGGUAGGAAGUCACGUUGUGCCCGUAUGCGAAGAAGCAUCCUUCACGUUCCCUGACCCAGAAGACCCAGAAGCUGCUACUGAAGCUUUUGCUGGCUACUACGAUGGCAACUUCCCCGAGAUAACGCAACUCGACGUUUCCUCCCUCCUAGAGAUAAAGGCUCCAAUGAAGCAUAAAAAUGGCAGAAACGGAAAAGUCAAAGCCCACCUGGCUGCCACUGGCAAUCUCCUUGUCGGGUCACUUCCCCAGUUAGAAGAGCCUGUUUCCCCUGAGGGUCGGGAUCUGUUCGCGCCGUACGAACAGAAGCUAGCAAAGUUCAUGCUUCUAAUCAGCUCGCUAAGCGGUAACUGCGCCUGGUAUGUAUUGGAGGAUAUGCGUCGCCUGCUGUACAUGCGAAACGGGAAGGUUUCAAGGAGCGGUAAUUUGGCGUCACGGAAGGAAGCUUGUAGUUCGUUGGCUCGGCUCGCCUGUCUCAGGAAAAGCCUUGCUGAAGUUGAAGAUAAGGGCAGGCGCUUCGCCAGCCACUCUUCUUUAGAAGCGUUGCUGGACCUAGAAGCCAGUCUAGCGGGGUCCCUUGCCUACCGGUCUGCCGAUGGCAAACAUCCUGCAGUGUAUAUUCCUGUAGCCAGCCUCUCUCCUACUAGUCUAUAUCUCCACGUUACCCCGGCGGAAUUCCAGCGAACCCUUUUGGGGCUAUUCGACCGCGCCUGGGAGAAAUUAGGUGCCACUUCUCGCCGUCACGGGGAAAAGAUUUCUCAUGAUGCAGACGGCGUGCUGUGGCUUGCAGUUGCGGUCGUCCUGGAUUUCAGCGAUUUGUCGCAGUUGGACCUUGCUGCGUAUUCAACACAUCGUCUUUUGGGAGACAUUGGGGAAGUUCUGCGAGCUUACUGCCCAUGGCUGGUGUAUAAAAUCGUCAUUUUCAAACUGAGUUUUGCUAGGGAAUUCCUGUGGGAACUCUUUAGACCAGCGCUGCAUGCAGACUGCCGCGUUGUGACAGCAGAAGACGAGGAGGCACUUCUUCAGGAGAUUCAAGCAGAUGGAACCUUUAUCCUGCAUACCCUCGGAGGAUUCAACGAGUAUAGCGUGCUGCGGUGCCGGCGACCAGCCUACCGUCUACCACAGCCUCCUCAGCCACUGGGAGCGAGCGAGUGGUUAAGUAGGGAGGGAGAGGCAACUGAUUUCUGGGAAGAAAUGGAGAAACUGUACGAGGAGGCGCCGGAGGCUGCGCCAGAGGGAGAGCCUGUUGAUGACAUCCAAACAAGGGACUAUGAUGAGGUCAAGGAGACAUCAUCAAGGCGAAGGCAAGAUGAAAACCGAGAAGAAGCUCUACGACGCAAGGAACACGAGUUAGAGAGUCUAACUAAUCGACGUGAAUGUCUAAUACCUCACUUUGAGAAAGCGCUGAAACAGGUGCUUAAUGGGAGCGAUGCUGAUGUACAGCUCACGGAAGCGCUUGCGCCAUUCGAGAUAGAAUUAACCCGACCUUCCUUUUCCAUGAAGGACGUCACAAAGGCCAAUGUGCAGAUAUGCAUGUGGAAACCGCCAACAAACGAGGUGGAGGCAGCGAAAGGAACUGCCCAGAUGCUCGUGAAGAUAGUGGAGGAAAGACGCAAGCUGUGGACCCAUUCGUCAUUGCCCCCCAAUUUCAUGCAUGCAUUUGAGAGGACAACUGUCCUACCCGCGGAGCUGCACACUGCUGCUGAUGCACUGGCUGUUCUCAUGUACGGCUGUGUAUCGACGCAAAUGGAUAUUGUUGAUCUCAUGAUAACAGGGUAG